AUGGAUGAUUUUGCGAAGACAAUAUCUUGGUUGGAGCGCCAAGAAGAGAAGCCAGAGCCAAACGAAUUGAAGGCAAUAGCUGCUGAAGGGGUUAUCACUUGUCUUCAGGAUGCCAUUGAAUCCCUUGAGCAAGGCAAUGAUACCAGUGGGGUGGCGGAGCAGUGGAGCUUCGUCCCCCAUGUUGUGGACGAGCUAGUGCGGCUGGACAGAGAGGGCUCAUCGCUGUCUAAAGAACAGCUCGCCAAACUAGCAACCAAAUGCAAGAAAAUCUACCAGGCCGAGCUCGCACACAUGGACGGUGGUGACAAGAAGGCAAAGGAGCGCCCCGGGAAGACCGGGACGGACGAUGCUGAGUAUGACAGCGAUGAUACGAUCGAGAUGACGGAGGAAGAGAUCGACCUCGAUUGCAGACAGUUCUCGGGGAUUAGUAGUAGCUAG